UUGCGGAAAAAAUUAAAAACGCGCCAGAAACAUAUUCGAAUCGCCGAUUCCUCUCCAGCCGGGUGGAAAACAGUAAAUGAAUACCAGUCAAGAGAAAUUGCGGACAACUCGGAUGACGAGAAGAAAAUUCGAAGUGCGGAAAACCGUGCCCUCCGACAACAAAAACAAGGGCAGAACAGGCGUUUUCACCCAUAUGGCACCUACAAGACUCCCCCAGCGGCGGCGGCAGGCUCGGCAGCCCAGCUUAGUUCUUCUGUGUCUUCUGCUACUUCGUUUCAGCCAUUCACAUACCAGCAACAGCCCUUUCGUGGCAAAUCUGCACGGCGUCAACCACAGCCCAGUGACGUGUGCUUCAACUGUUUUUCCACAGGACACUGGAAAACCAACUGUCCCAAAAACAAGUCACAAAGUCAAUGAUAAGUAUAAAGUUCCGGAUAGACGAAUAGAAGACGCUGUUUGUUGUUUGAAGAAAGUUAUUGGUCGUUUCCCAGAUAUAACAGCGAGAGAACUGGCACAAGUAGUUGGAAAAAUCAUUUCCAUGACACCAGUAAUGGAUAUAUUUAAAGUGGGCAGAUGGAUGGGCAUUAACAACGAAAGUAAAGAUCGCCGUCUUGAGGAACUCGCAUCAGAACUACCUCGAUAUUGUAUAACAUCCAAGGCUGACAACACAGCAAAACAAUACAGAUGUGGAAGAUUUGGUUAAGAAAGAG